UUUCCGAAAAAUCUCUUUCAAACACACGUGGAUAUUUGAUUUUGUUCGACCACAGUGUGACAAAAGCAGUCUCAAAGCUUUCCAGCUUGCAUCAUACGCCAGAUAUAGAAUGAUACCCCGUCAUGUCCGGGAACCGAGGGCGUAUACGUGCACAUAUGGCUUGCGAGCCAUGCAGGGAGAGGAAGAAGAAAUGCGACGGAAAACAACCUUGUUCAUUAUGCGUCCGAUUUGGAUACGCCUGUUCUUUUGGAUCUUGCCAUAGAAAAAGACGACAUUUUGAGCGAGGAUCCCCAUCAGCAUCACCACCGCCUGCCAUGGCUGCGAGUAAGGAGGCUUCAAACUUCGAAGCUCGCGUUAGCUCUACCGAAGCCAAUUCUGGGGCUGCUUUCGUUAGGAAUUUCGGGCUUCAUUUCGAGUCUCCAAAUACACAGAGACUACAAACCUUCGCUUGGAAUGUUGGACGAAACAAAAGCUUCGUGUCCAAAGCCGCUUCGUCAUUUAUGGAAAUUGUUCCAAAGACAAAGUUAAUGGAGCUCGUGCAUUUUUACUUUGGAAAAUUCCAUCCUUACUUCGGGUUUAUUGAUCGCGAUGGGUUUAUGAGGCGAUUAGAAGCCAAGUGGAUGAAUUCGACGCCGGAGGAGCCCUUCGAUGCGAUAGUCUCUGGAGUAGCUGCUAUGGGCUAUUUGUUCUCGCGAAGAGACGGAUGUGUUCCCGAGGCUCAAUUUGUCGAAACUUCGCGUGUCAUAAUUGAAUUAAAUUCCGCAUCCGGCCCCCCAUCUAUUGAUAUUAUUACUGCCCUGCUCCUGAGGGUCGCAUAUCUUCGGAUGACCGACUCACCAUAUCCUGCAUGGAUGGCCAGUUGCACCUUGAUGCAUAUGAUUGAACUUUCCGAUCUUCAUAUUGAACCCACUUCAGCGAAGAUUCUGGAACAGUUAACAGAGCCCUGUGAUCCUAACACUCGAAGAAGAUUGUUUGGAAUCGCACAGUACUUGCAUCUCUGGAUGGCGUUUGAACUUCGCCAGUCUGGUGUUCCACUUCACAGAUUCCAUUUCCCAUUACCAUUGCCCAGCCCUGGAGAUUACACUAGUGAAGUGCUUAGCCUCUUGUCAUUGUCUGAGAGCUUGAGUCCUGAACAUUCCAAAGAUUCUCAAGAGCUUGAAAUCACCAUUUCGAAGGUUCUCUCAAGCGUAUUUAUUCAUUCGGCUUCCACCGUCGCUCAAUGCAAUCUGACACUGUGUAUUUAUCGGCGUCUACGAGCUCUCAACUGCAACCCUACACCCCAAAUCUACGAUCAAAUGUUCAAACUCAUGACAAAGGCGCUGGCUCUAGUCAGAGAGCUAGUCGCCUCGUGCUGUCCUUGGCAUGGGACAGCUUCGGUUUCGUUCCAAAUCGUUUGCACGUUACUUGUGAUGAACGAUCAUGAAACGACAUCUUACUUGGAAGAUGCCAUGAAUACCCUUCGUACGAUUCAUGCUGUUUAUGACACAGAGGUCAUGAAGGAAACCUACCGUAUCGCUUGCAUGUUAAUAGCAAUGCAGUAUCGAAGGAAGGAGAACGAUCUAAACCUUCUGAAAACCGUUGUACUUUCACACUCUGCCGUUGCAAUUGAUAAAUCAAAUCCUGUCCUGGCCACUCAAACGGCACCAAGCUCGUCCGAGCCCUCUUGGCUUGGAGAUUUAGUCUCUGAUAUCAAUGGCUUUAGUGCUUUUGAUCUAGAGCAGUUUUUCAAUUCCGAUUUCUCAGCGUUGCCAUGAACAUGUUGCUCUUAAAAUCACUGCUAUCAGGGAUUGUUGGAAUAAUUCAAACUUCAUUUAUGUAGCGUAAUAAAAGAGAUAAGCAGGCCGUCAAGGGCUUUAGCAAAUUAAUGACCUGG